CUGAACGGGAAAGUUGAUAAUCAGGAAGCCGGCAUCGCCACCCUGAACGGGAAAGUUGAUAACCAGGCAGCGGGCAUCGCCACCCUGAACGGGAAAGUUGAUAACCAGGCAGCCGGCAUCGCCAUACUGGGUGAGAAGGUUGAUAACCAGGCAGCCGGAAUUGCCACACUGAACGGGAAGGUUGACACCUUAACCGCAGCCCUCAAUGAGUUGCACGCGGAACUCCAGCAGACCAACCGGAUACUGGUCGGGUUGGCGAACCACACCCACGACGCCGACGGCAGGACCGUCUUCACCAUCCCGUCCUGA